AUGCGCUCAAGACGGGAAGCUCUGCUGCGCUGCGCUGCCGAUCCCCGCGAUGAUGAUGCAUCACGCUUCACACCAACACCAACGACAAACCCCGUCCAACAUUCAUGGCUUGAACAACAACACCGGUCCUCACCUCACACCCCCACCCUCACGACCAAUGAGCACAUGGAGAACUUGAACAUUCAGGAUGCAGGCCCGCCGGCCAUGCAGUCCGGUCCGCCGCCAGUUCCGCAACUGCCACCGCAGAUGUUCACCACCGCCGCACAACUGCUCGACCUGACCGAUAAAAAGCUAUUGCUGUCGCUGCGAGACGGAAGGAAGUUGAUUGGCGUGUUGCGCAGUUGGGAUCAGUUCGGGAAUUUGGUGCUCCAAGACACGAUCGAGCGCUUCUUCGUGGACAACCUGUACGCCGAUAUCAAGCGUGGACUAUUCCUCGUGCGAGGAGAAAAUGUCUUACUUCUUGGAGAGAUUGACUUGGACAAGGACGACUAUGUCCCACCUCCGUUCGAGGCAGCUCCUGUGGAGAAGGUGUUCGCGAUGAAGAAAGAACAAGACAAGCAGCGGAAAAAGAGCGACAAGUCGAAGCAAAAGAAACUGGCCGAGCUCGGAUUCGAAGGCGAGCACGCCGGUGAAGUUAUCUUUUGA